AGAACAUUCAACUUUAAACACUGAUUUAGGAAAUACAAAAAAAAAAACGAACAUAAUAAAAAUUAUAAAAAAAUGAAAAGCUUGGUUUUAAUAUUUUUCAAUCUUAUAUUAAUAAAUGGAGAAUAUUAUUCCUCGGUGCAUAAAAUGUCCACUCUAAUGGAUAGUGAAUUAAAAAUUUUGAAUAACAUGGAAAUAUUUAUAAGAAAAAAUGAAAAUAAAUUACAGUUUUUAAAGGAAAAACUUGUGGAAUAUGAAAGAGAACAUGAAGAGGCUUUAGCCUCAGGUCCAGUAUAUUUUGAGAAUCCGGUUAAUAAAUAUUUGUUAACCAAAAGAUUAACAAACGAUUGGGAGACAAUCGAAAAUGUAAUGCAACAUCAGGAGGGAGUGAAAACUUUGAAAAGAAUUGCAAAACAUAGUAUUGAUAUAACCGAAUAUGAGGGAGGUAUUGAUGGUUUAUUAAGAUUACAGGAUGCUUAUAGAUUGAAUACUUCCGAUAUAGCUCAGGGUAUAUUGCAAGGUGUACAAUAUGAUCUUCAUUUCGAAUCACGUCAUUGUUAUGAUAUUGGUCAAAGAGCUUUAGCUACCGAUUUCUUUAGAUUAGCUUAUUCUUGGUUAAAGGAAGCUUUAAAAAGAUUUUCGACAGACUCUGAUGCUGAUAAUAAAAGUGAUUUAUCUUUUACAAAAUUGGAAAAAUUAGAUAUAGAAUUGGCUUUGGUUAAUGCUAAAUAUAAAUUGGGAGAUGUGAGCGGUGCUAAUCAAUCGUAUGUGGAUUUGAUUAAUUUAUAUCCAGCUAGUGAAAGAGUAGCUAAACUUUAUGCCAAAUUUUCAGAGGAAUCUGCCAAUAAAGCUUCCAUAGAAGUGGAUUAUUCCAUUGAUCAUGAACCUCCCAUAGAAGAUCUUGCCGCUGCCGGUCAAACUCGUUUGUAUAAAUAUACUUGUGCUGAUCUGAUAAAACAAACUCCCACAGAAGAGCGGGAUUUACGUUGUGGUUAUAUGACCGAAACUCAUCCUUUCUUAAUAUUAGCUCCCCUCAAAGUGGAAGAAAUGAAUCAUGAUCCUUUGUUAGUAGUAUUUCAUGAUGUCAUUUCCGAUAAAGAAAUAGAAACAGUAAAAAAUUUAACCUCUGCCAUUCGAAGAGCAACCGUUAUGGGUACAAAUAGUUCCAUAGUAUCUAAUGUGCGUACCAGCCAAUUUACUUUUGUACCCGUUAGCAAACAUCCAGUAUUAAAAGUGAUCGAUCGACGGGUCGAAGACAUGACAAAUUUAGAUAUGAAAUACAGUGAACAUCAUCAAUUUGCUAACUAUGGUAUUGGUGGUCAUUAUGGUGAACAUCAUGAUUAUUUCGUUGAAGAUCAUAUGAAACCUGAUAGAGUGAGCAAUUUUGAAAUGGGCAAUCGUAUAGCCACGGUAUUAUUUUAUCUUAGUGAUGUAGAACAGGGUGGUGGUACCGCCUUUCCUUAUUUAAAGCGUCAUUUAUUACCCAAGAAGGGGGCUGCUGCUUUUUGGUUUAAUUUACAUGCUUCUGGCGUGGGCGAUCAACGUACUUUACAUGCUGCCUGUCCUAUUAUAGUGGGUUCUAAAUGGGGUAAGUUUGUGUUUAGAGAUUUGUGUUUUUAAUUUGAUUUGAUUUUCUUUUGUUUUAUUAUAUUUUCUAGUUCAAAAUCGUUGGAUACGUAUACAUGAUCAAAGUGAUCGCCGUCCUUGUUUGUUAUAU